CCGAUGUCUGGUUAUAUGGCGCAGCAACAGCAGAUGUCUCCUAUAAGGGCGGUUUCCUAUUGUAAUGGGCCCCGUUCAAUGAUGAGUCCGAUGUCUGGUUAUAUGGCGCAGCAACAGCAGAUGUCUCCUAUAACGCCGGUUCCCUUUUGUAAUGUGCCCCGUAAUAUGAAGAGGCAAAGGGCAGGUGGUAUGCCGCAGCUUCCUCAGAUGUCUCCUAGGAUGGACCAAACGGUUGAAAGCUCUCAGCCCAAACAGCCCCCCAGAGACCCUUUGCUGCAGCUGGUCUCCCUGCAGGAGGCGUCUGGCUGCUGGGUGCUGGAUCCACAUCUGGCUGCUGCACUGGGAAAGACCAGCGAGGAGGUGGAGAAGCCCAAGCCUGCAUCGGUGAAGCAGGACGUGUGGGCCACCAUUCUGGCUCUGAUCUGGCUUCAUGGUUUCAAGAUGGAUGCUCAGGAGGAGUGGGAGCUUCUGGCUAUGAAGGCUGUGUCCUGGCUCCGAGCUCAGAAAGCUUCAGGGGUGACGGAGUGUGUGGAAGCAGGAAAUGCUCUGUUGGGUUGCACCGUGCAGAAAGACGCCGUGGGGCUCUGAGGUGUUCAUUGAAGGAGCUUCUCCUGCAGGAUUGGUCCCCUCUGGUACACCGAAGGAGAUUCACUCCAUCAUGCAACCAUCGACUUAAAAUCAAAUAAACCAAUUUUAUGUCAACUUGGGUCUAGAACAAC